AUGGGUAAUAUGCCUCAAGUCAAGGCAUGUGGAUUUUGCUCAUCAGUGGCACAUCCCAGCGAUGCAUGCCCGACUUUACAUGAAGAAGAUGAGCAAGUGAAUGCCAUUGGGGGUGGCAACUUUCAGAACUCAAACAACCGGGCUCCCGACCCUUUCUCGAGCACAUAUAACCCCGGUUGGAGGCAACAUCUGAAUCUAAGUUAUGCCCCGAGGCAAGGACAAGGACAAGGUCAGCAAUUUCAGCAAAGAGGUUUAUUCCAGCCGCCUCAGCAGUUUCAACCUCAACAAUUCCAAGCACCUCCGGGCUUUCAGCAACAACAUCAAUCGAAGGCACCAUUUCAGCCAAAUGCCCAACAUCAACAUCAACAUCAAGUGUCACCGCAAGCUCCUAGUGGCUCAGGUAUGUCGUUAGAGGAUGUAGUUAAGUCUAUGGCUGCUAACAUGGUGAAAUUUCAACAGAAAACUCAAGCGAGCAUUCAGGACCUUCAGGCCACUGUUGGACAAUUAGUGAACAAGGGUAAGUUGCCAUCUCAAACGGAGACGAAUCCGAAGGCAAAUGUGAGUGCUGUCACUUUGAGAAGCGGAAAGGAGCUUCAAGUGGUUGGAAAGAAGAAGAAGGAAAAGGUUCACGAGGAAGAAGAGUUAGAGGUCAAGACAUCCACUUCGGGUGCAAAGGAUGUCAAAGAAGAGGAGUUAAAGAAGAAGACACCCGAAGUGAUAGUUCAAGCACCGCCAUUCCCGAGCCGGUUCGAGAAGACAAAGUGGGAGAGUGAAGAGAAGGAGAUCCUUGACACAUUUCGGAAAGUUCAGGUAAACAUCCCUUUAUUAGAUGCAAUUAAGCAAGUUCCUAGAUAUGCUAAAUUUUUGAAAGAGCUUUGUACUAAUAAAAGGAAACUAAAGGGUAACGAAAAGAUAUGCAUGAGUCAAAAUGUGUCCGCUGUCUUAUAA